AUGGGUCUGCACAACUAUCUCUUUGAAGUCGUACGGCGCUUUCCCAGCUUAGAAGUCCGAGAUGGAGAGGUGAUUGAUGCUGCGAUGAAGGCGACGAUUGUUGCGACCGUUGCGGCUGCACCCAACAGGUCUCAGUCAAUGGUCGAAGAAGAAAUGAUGGCCAAGCCACUCGAUACGCUCCCUCCUCAACCACCCCUCCCAAUUGGUAUCUGA